AUGAAAGGCAGCACCACUUUCCUGCUGGCAGCCCUGGCCUUGCUCUGCGUCUGUGGGCCAGCUGGAGGGGAGGACAACAACGAGUUUUUCAUGGACUUCCUACAAACACUGCUCGUGGGGUCUCCAGAGGAGCUCUACGAGGGGCCCCUUGGCAAGUAUGACGUCAACGCAGAUGCCAAGGCUGCCCUGGGCGAGCUCAAGUCUUGUAUCGACGGCCUGCAGCCCAUGCACAAGGCAGAGUUGGUCAAGCUGCUGGUUCAAGUGUUGGGCAGUCAAGAUGGUGCCUGA